UCGUUUUGUUUUGAUUUCGCCAUCUGUGUUUUGCAUCUUGUUCUGUGCUGUACGUCUUAGACCUGUAUAUUUAGUGUUGUAUUGCGUUGAUAUGUCGUUUUGAAUAUUGUCUUUGAAACAGAUCAAAUGUAUAUUGAUGGACUGUGUUAAAUUAUACCUUUAUUCUUCGAUGUGAUUACUAAAAACAGAAUUUUCACUGACCAAUUUAGUUAAAUUCUAGCUGUUUGGUGGUGUUCAUAUAAUUAAAAUCGACAUGGCUGUUAAUAAUGUGUUGUUGCUAUUCCAAGGAACUGGAUAUAUAGUUGCUCUCAUACUAUCUUUAUGUGUUGUUGUACCUCUUGCUUUAAAUUUGGAGUGUUUCAAAGGCCAUUGUUUACUUUUUACAACUGGAAGUUUCGGCGAUGAUGGUAAUUUUAAUGCCGAAUGGGCUUCGAAAGCUUACUGUGGAUAUGUAAUGUUCAUAAGCUCACUACUAGUUUUAGUGUCAUUUGUGCAGGCAAUUCGUAUGUUUACAAUGCUACGAAAAGAAACCGAUAGUUCUUUUUUGUCAGCAUUUUUGGACUGCAUCUCGACUAUGGUUUUCGCAGUGAUGGUCUUUGUUGCAGCUAACCUGGUCACACUAGGUUUCGAUACUUGGUGUCAUGCUGUAACGCAAAGAUUCCGCUCUUGUGAUGAGGCUUCUAUUAUGGAAAUUAGUAAAGCUGAUAAUGUUCAAACUAAAGGCUUCUUCAUCCAGAUUGGCACAGUGCAAUUUGGCAUUUGGAGUUCUUGGGUUUGCUGGGUUCUGUUAGCAGUGUUGUCUACUUUUAAAGUUUGCCGUUAUCAUGAAAGGGAAGUAAUAAGAGUUAGUAUGGCUCGCCAAAGACAAAAAAUAAUCAAUCAGAUGGAUUCAGACUCAUCAUGUUUGACUUCGAAUGAAUGAAUAUCAAAAUCCUUGCACGAAGAACAUAAAAUAUGGAACUUUUCCUUUUGCAAAAUCUAUGCAAAGUUCUCACAUUUCAUCAACUACCAAAAUCUAUGCAAUGUUCCCAUAUUUCAACAACUGCCUAAAUCUAUGCAAUGUUUCCAUAUUUCGACAACUACCAAAAUCUAUGCAAUGUUCCCGUAUUUCAACAACUGCCUAAAUCUAUGCAAUGUUUCCAUAUUCCGAUAACUGCCAAAAUCUAUGCAAUAUUCCUUGAAUACAGUCAAUGCAAUGAAAAUGUGAUUUAUUUCUAGCCUUACAGAAAAAUGAAAUUCUGCUCUUUUACUGUCCUUUUCUAAUGUUAUACUAUUUGAAAUGUGAUAUUUUAUACCAAAACUUUGUGCUUGUCAAACAAAAGAGAAAGAAUUUAAAUUGUGUAUGUGAAAAGUUGAAAUUUAUACUGAUCUUGGUUUUUUUCAUGUCAUAAAAUGGAAUUAAUGUUGUCAUUGACUUUAUGAUGAUGACUCUUAAUUUUACUGAGAAGCAAGAUUGCUUAAAUUGAAUCAUUUCAUCAUCAAAUGCUUAUUAUAAACUACUAUGAACUAUGAAAUUGUUUAAAAAUUUAAUUAGUUUUGUUAGAAUUUUAAAUAGUUUUUAUGUUAUUCUAUUAUCUUAUUUUAUAUUAGAGAUGUCUAUACUUACAAAAUAGAAUGAAUAAGUAUGACCAAAUAUGGAAAAUUGUAAUUUGAUUGUUUUUGUAACAAUAUCUAUUUAUAAGAUUGAAGUCUUAGUGCAGAAAAUUGUUUCAAUGCACAAUAAGGCAAUCUUAUGUUUUCAAUAUUGUAAUGAUUUGUCUAACUAACAUUGUAAUCUACUCUUUGUACUAUAUUCCUGUAGAAAGUUAUAUUUUUAAUAUAUAGUAGUUUUAUAGAUAUAUUAGUGAGAAAGAAAAAGAUCAUAAUUCUACUCUAUUUGUCAUAAAGUAGUUUUGCAUUUUAAAUAAUCUAUUUGUUAAAAUUAAUUCACAUCAGUAAAAUAUUAAAAAGUUGUAUUUAGUUCUGGUGAUAGUAUUAUUUACUUCCUAAAAUUUAUAUUUAAAUUAUUGUCAUUUUAUAUCUAUUGUUAUUGAGCAUAAACAUUGUAUAAAGCUGCGCUGUUUGGAACAAAAAUAUUUUUAAAUAUAAAUUUUUAAAAAUGUAGCUACAUUUAAUAGGUUAACUAUAAAUCAGUUUUUAAUUAUCAAUUAUUUUAAAGGACUUAAUUUUCUGCAAUAAUAUUUAAUGUAGGAAAUUUUAUAAGCAAGUUAAAUCAACAAAAAUUCACGUAAUUCUAUAAAAUUUAUUAUAAUUAGCAAAAUAUUUAAUGUAAAAUAUUGAUGUUUAAUAUUUAGUGCUGCUUUUUUCAGAUUAGAGU